CAGAGGCGCAGUUGUCUGACACAGUUGAGAGAUACAGUAAAAUAGAUACAGUAUGAUAGACACAACGAGGAAAACAUCGCGUCGCACGUUCGCCACCUACCUGUUGAAUAUCACCGCCGUUUAAUUUGCAAGUUUGGGGUUGGGUUGACGAGUCACUCACUGUCGAAGAACAAAGUCGAACCUGGAAAAAGGAGAGUCAGUCGAGGUUUUGUCGAGGUAAAUGCGGAAGGAAAGAGGAUUUGUGCAACUGGUAGCCACUCCAAUGUUCUAACCGGACCGACAGACCAAAGGAUUUAUCAACCGAUCAAACCGAUUUAUUGACGCCAAAAAAACACAAUGCCUUUAGGACUGAGGAGAAAGAAGAACAAGUCGAGGGAGAGCUCGAACCUGGUGGAGAAUGAGGAGGUCGGUGGACACGCAACUGGGAGCUCCGUGAAGUCGACCGCAAACGGAGCGGGGCUCCCACCACCACCUGCCAACCUGCGGCCCAAACUAGUGUUCCACACUCAGCUCGCCCACGGCAGCCCCACGGGAAGGAUCGAGGGAUUUACUAACGUCAAAGAACUCUACGGGAAAAUAGCUGAUACGUUCAAUUUAAGUCCACCAGAGAUCCUGUUCUGUACUUUGAACACCCAUAAGAUCGACAUGGAGAAGCUGCUUGGUGGUCAGAUCGGCCUGGAGGACUUUAUAUUCGCCCACAUGAAAGGGAUUAAGAAGGAGGUGGAGGUGUUUAAAUCAGAGGAGGCCCUGGGACUCACCAUCACAGACAACGGGGCGGGAUACGCCUUCAUCAAGCGUAUCAAGGAGGGCAGUGUGGUGGACAAUGUGAAGGUGAUCUCUGUUGGAGACCACAUAGAGUGCAUCAACGGGAAGAACAUUGUGGGAACACGUCACUACGAGGUGGCUCGCAUGCUGAAGGAGCUGCCUAAGGAGCAGAAGUUCACCCUCAAACUGGUGGAGCCGAUGAAGGCCUUCGAGAUGCUGGAGCCGAGGUCGAAGGGAGCCAAGCCGGCCAGUGAGAAUAAGUUGGGGACAGGGAGAGGGACUCUGAGACUGCGCGCCAAAGGACCUGCUACCGUAGAGGAAGUGCCGACAGAGUUUGAGGAGAAAGCAGUGAAGAAGGUGGAUGACUUACUGGAGAGCUACAUGGGUAUCAGAGAUACAGAACUGGCGGCGACCAUGGUGGAGGUGGGUCGGGACAAGAAGAACCCUGAUGAGUUUGCCAUGGCUCUGGACGAGGCUCUCGGAGACUUUGCCUUCCCUGACGAGUUUGUGUUCGACGUCUGGGGCGCCAUUGGAGAUGCCAAACAGGGACGUCUUUAAUGUUUUAACUGAUUACCCAGAUCACCAAGCCUGGUCCAAGACAGCACAAACAUCUGGGACCAGGCUACCAACCCCUGUUCCAGUGGACAAAUAUCAGCCAGUAGAGAAUGAGGGGUGGGAAUUACCAGGGACCUCACGCAUUGCGGUUCCAUACUGUGAUUUUAUUCCAAUUUGAUGUUCCGAACAUAUUGCUCACUAAAUGUCUGCUACAGAAGGACAAGCUAGAGAAUGAGGAAAUUAGUUUUAAAUCAGUCUUGGAAAUAAGUGGUCACUAUGUUAAAAGAUGGAGAACAAACUAUAGGAUGGAAAAUACCAGAAUUUUGGCACAGGUACAUCCGUAUAGCGCUAGCUAACACUACCUUUGAAAAGGAAAAGUCGAUACUUAAAGAGUCAAAGUAUCUACAUAAAACGUUCCAAAAUAAUAUUGUGAUAUGUAACUAUCGAUUUUAUUCCCCUAUUAUUAUUAUUAUUAUUAUUAUUAUUAUUAUAUACACCCUCGAAGACAGAAUCACUUAUUGAUCAGUCAUGUCCCUCUCAACCUAGUUCUUUGGAAUGCAUCCCAAAUGGUCACCCUAUUCCCUUUAUAGUGCACUACUUGGCACCCUAUUCCCUUCAUAGUGCACUACUUGGCACCCUAUUCCCUACAUAGUGCACUACUUGUCCUUUCCCACGGGAAUCAGUUCUUCUAAUAACUGGUGUGAAUUGUAAUGUACUAAUGAUCACAUACUUACUGUUCAUCGUGGCGUUUUAUAUUAGUCUUCUAAUGUUGCUGUGGAGUUUUAAGCACCAGCAGAUCCCCCAUCAGAAACAGAUGCUGUAUGGUGUUCUUCAUAUGUUCCAACGCCUCACAGAUGACUGUUUAUUUAGAGCCUACAGAGAAAUUAAAUCGUUGUUUUUAUUCUAGCUAUGGAGGGUGAGGUCGGAUCCCGACCCACCUUUCAGCUAACAUUCCUUCACUUCGUGGCAUUUUGUUUUGUACAGGCUGCUUAGUAUAUAAUUAUCUUAUCAUAAAUACUUAUGUUUAUUUAUUCGUUCAAAUAAACGUUCAUUUAUUUUAAGCUGGAAAAUGUUUUUUACAAAUUUCAAGACAGACGAUUGGAAUUCGACAAAUCUUGAAGUGUCACUUCCUGGUCAAUUGCAAUUCAAAAUGUCUGACACUGUCGAAAGAAACCACUGUAGAUUGAAUUGAAUCGACACACUGAAUUUGAAUAGUAAUUCAUUCUUACUAUAGUAUGUGUAUUGAGUUGUUUUAGAGAGGUUUACUACUGAACACAGCUUCAGUGUUUUAUGGAAAUACUUAAGGGAUCACUGUUAGACAAAAAAAUAAAAUGUACUAUUCUCUA